AUGCUCUCUGUGUUACUGAUACAACUACUGCUAUGGAGUUUGUGGAGUACCGAAACCUCUGCAAUAUUUAGCCUGACAGCUAGCCCACCUUUCACAAUGGAGUCACUCAAUGCUACUGAAACUGAGGAGCCCAAACAAGCAUUUACUGUUCCUCUUGAUCUGGACCUUGAAACAAGUGAAACUGAUCCAGUCACAGAUGGUGAGAUUCAAACCAGUUCCCAGACUGCUGUAACAUCAACAGUAACCCCUGCUUUAGACAAUGUGACAGAUGGAGUGGAAAAUAAUAUAAAACAAGAGGAACUAACUACAAGAAGUAAUGAGCAGAGGCAACCAAUUAGUUGGAAUGUAUUCAACAUGAACAUCACUGAGAGUUCUCUCCAUGCAGAAGACAGCGCUCCCAAAGACAUCGGGAACAAUAGCACCUUACUCCCGAUACUAGACACUAACAAAGCCUAUCCAUUUGAUGAACAACCAGGUUCUUUCUUGGAAAUACCAAUGGAAAACACUACUGAAGAAAAACAGUGCUUCUGUAAUAUUCCUGGACCUGCAGGACAAAAGGGAGACAAAGGUGACAGAGGAGAGCCAGGAGAACUUGGACCCCAGGGGUUAGAAGGUAUAAUAGGAGACUAUGGUCCCAUAGGAGAAGCAGGAAGUAAAGGUGAUAAAGGUGAGAUGGGUCCUCCAGGAGUUAAGGGUGAACCAGGAGAAACAUGUGCUCUUUGUGAAAAAGGGGAUCAAGGAAUUCCAGGUAACAAUGGAGCCAUUGCAUUACAAGGUGAUAAAGGUGAGCCAGGAGAGAAAGGUAGAAAAGGACAAAUGGGACCUAAGGGAAGCCCUGGUGAAAGAGGAAACAAAGGUACAAAUGGGAUACCAGGAACUCCAGGAGAAACUGGGCUUCAAGGACUUAUAGGUCAAAGGGGUCUUACGGGACCAAAAGGUGAUCGCGGAAUGCCUGGAGCUAUUGGGCUACAAGGGUAUCGUGGACCAGCUGGAAUUCCUGGAAUAAAGGGAGAAAAAGGACAAAAAGGAUCACAAAAGGAGCAUGAUAAUAUUGCAUUUUCAGUAGCCUUCAGAGGAAGUAGGAAUUCCUUAUCACCAGGACAACCAAUAAGAUUUGAUAAAGUUUUUGUGAAUGAAAAUAAACCAUACAGUAUAAACUCAGGCAUGUUUGUGGCCUCUGUUGAAGGUGUCUACUUUUUCUCAUAUCACUUAAGCCAUCACACCAUCUUCUAGUUGCUGGCUUAGCUCACAAUGGUAGGAUCAUUGUACAAACACAAGCCAGGCAAUCUGCGUGUCAAGUCUCAGGAUCGGUCCUGCUCCAUCUUCGUGAGGAUGAUGAGGUUUGGCUUCAGGUUCUAAGCAUCGGUCAGAAUGAAUCGAUUUUUGAUGAAACAGACUCUCUCUUUCUCUGGAUUUAUACUGUAUUCAUUUGAAGAUUAG